CGCCCAAGACGCAGAAAUAAGACGUCAACGGGCCGGGAACCAGCCUCGGGGCCUGACGGGAUUGUGGCGGUCCUCUCUCCCAACUCGGAAGCCGCCACUGCCUCCAGACGCUCUCAAGAUGGCGACUUCUCUGGGUUCCAACACCUACAACAGGCAGAACUGGGAGGAUGCGGACUUCCCCAUUUUGUGCCAGACAUGUCUUGGAGAAAACCCAUAUAUUCGAAUGACCAAAGAAAAGUAUGGGAAGGAAUGCAAAAUCUGUGCCAGGCCAUUCACAGUAUUUCGCUGGUGCCCCGGUGUCCGCAUGCGUUUCAAGAAGACUGAAGUGUGCCAAACCUGCAGUAAAUUGAAGAAUGUCUGUCAGACCUGCCUCUUGGACCUAGAAUAUGGCCUGCCCAUCCAGGUUCGGGAUGCAGGAUUGUCUUUUAAGGAUGAUAUGCCAAAGUCAGAUGUCAACAAAGAAUACUACACACAAAAUAUGGAGAGAGAGAUUUCUAACUCUGACGGAACACGGCCAGUUGGCAUGUUGGGGAAAGCCACAUCCACCAGUGACAUGCUACUCAAACUAGCCCGGACCACACCCUACUACAAAAGGAAUCGACCCCACAUUUGCUCCUUCUGGGUAAAAGGAGAAUGUAAGAGAGGAGAGGAGUGUCCAUACAGGCAUGAGAAGCCAACAGAUCCGGAUGACCCCCUUGCUGAUCAGAACAUUAAAGACCGAUAUUAUGGGAUCAAUGACCCUGUGGCAGAUAAGCUUCUAAAGCGGGCUUCAACAAUGCCUCGUCUGGACCCACCAGAGGACAAGACUAUCACCACGCUGUAUGUUGGUGGUCUAGGCGAUACCAUUACUGAGACUGAUCUAAGAAAUCACUUCUACCAGUUUGGGGAGAUCCGGACGAUCACCGUCGUACAGAGACAGCAGUGUGCAUUCAUCCAGUUUGCCACGAGGCAGGCUGCAGAGGUGGCUGCAGAGAAGUCCUUUAAUAAGUUGAUUGUCAAUGGCCGUAGACUCAACGUGAAAUGGGGAAGGUCCCAAGCAGCCAGAGGAAAAGAAAAAGAGAAGGAUGGAACCACAGACUCUGGGAUCAAGCUAGAGCCCGUUCCAGGACUGCCAGGAGCUCUUCCGCCUCCUCCUGCAGCCGAAGAAGAAGCCUCUGCCAACUACUUCAACCUACCCCCAAGUGGUCCUCCAGCCGUGGUGAACAUAGCCCUGCCGCCACCCCCUGGUAUUGCCCCGCCCCCACCCCCAGGUUUUGGGCCACACAUGUUCCACCCAAUGGGACCACCCCCUCCUUUCAUGAGGGCUCCAGGACCAAUCCACUAUCCUUCUCAGGACCCUCAGAGGAUGGGAGCUCAUGCUGGGAAACACAGCAGUCCCUAGCACACUAUCAGCACGCCAGGGCUUUACGGAAGAAAGGGCGCUCAAAAAUCCCAGUAAAUGAAUCUUGGAAUAAAUAUAUUUUUUCCUUCCUUUGUAGUUUCCGUGGUAGCUGAAUGUGUUCAGAUGUGGGCAGUCGGAGAACGACAGCCAUGCUUUCCUACACGUGUUCCAAGGAUUGAUGGACCUCAAAUAAGCUGCCAUUAACACAUCUGGUUACUGCUAUAACAUUGCUAAUAAAACUCAAUGCCUGUUCUCCUUACUUGUAUGGCGAACAAGCGACUGGGUGAAUUGGAAUGUCUAACGGAGUUACCAUCCCAAUUAUAUGUUCAUUUUGUAUCUUUUUUGGGGGGGAAAAAUUGACCUGCGCUAAGAUCUUUUUGACCAUUUUUAUGUCCAUUGGGUACUUUUCCUUUUUAUCAUCUGAGAAAAGAUUACUAGUAUUAAUCAUUGUAGUGGCAUGAGUGUGAUUUAACACUUCGGAAGUCACGUUCUCAAGGAGACAAGUAGAAGCCAGCACCCAGCACAGCCCAGAUCCUUCCUUACCUCUCCUCUCCUCAUUUAUUACUAAAGGCAUCUGGCGGCUAGUUUCACUUCUCUGCCCUGCUAAAACAAGAUGAAAACAAAAACCGCUUUCUAGUCCUAUCAGUCGGAUGGAAACACCGAUGUGGAGCUCUGUGUUGUUGAAGAAAUCUGGCGUCUGGGAUGAAAUGAUUUUAAAGAGCUUCCCGUAAACCAUGUGAACAAACUGUGAAGUGAAAGUGGCAGCGUGCGUCGGGCUGGAAGGCUGUGGCCCGCGGCUGGGACUGUCCUCUAGCAUUCACCCUCGUGUGUCUUCAGCGUCUCUCCUCUUAGUCCCCUGCUGCUGGGCAGAGGACUCUGUUUGGUCUUAGAAUGUUUGGAUAUAACUGAAUUGUAGACGGCAAGAAUAAUUUGAUGUUGUGUGUUUUUGUUUUUAAAAAAUUAAAACGGGUCAAUUUUCCAAA